CAGUGUAUUUCGUUCAUGAGCUGAGCUUUGAUACGAUAUUUUACUGAGCCCAUACAUAGAAUCUCUUUGCCGCGGUGGCCAUUCAUAUUUUUAAUAAUUUAUUAAAUUAUACAUUUUCUAAUUCUGUUUCGGCUAAAGAAUURCAUUUAUUGUCUAAUGUAUCUGGAAAUGUGGAGAGUAAAAUUGAUUUAUGUAAUGAGCCUAAUACCGUUCGCUUGAAUACAGUGUUGGACCUUAAAACAUAAGACUUACGGCUUCCGCAUGGUUAUCAUUUUCAAUCAUAUAAACUUUGAAUAAAAAUGCCGGAAUACCACGUGAUACCUAACGAAGAAGAAGUGAAAAGAUUAAAGAAAGAAUAUGGUUUGACUAAAGAUCAAAUCAUAAAAGAUGUAGCCACGGUCAGGAGUUGGAUGCUAACACAACCACAUUUGCCCAAAUUUCCAGAAUCUAAAAAUGAUGAAAUAAAUUUUUGGAUCGAAGGAUUCUUACGACUGACGAAAAAUAAUGUAGAAAAAACAAAAAACGCGGUAGAAAGUCAUUUUCGCUUGAAAACGUUGUUUCCACAGGUCUACGAUGUGUGUGAUCUACCAAAUUAUGUGGAGAGUGAUCUGUUUGAAUAUUUGACCAUGGUUAUGUUGCCCAAACACACGCCUGAUGGACUUAAAAUAAUGUACUACCACUUCAGUGAAACCAAUUCACAUUUGUUUCGGCCGAUCGAGAUAUACAAGAGAAUGCGCUUGAUGUUGGAUAUCUAUCAGAAGAAAGGCAUCGAUUUUACUGGUAUACACGUUUUGAUUGACACGAGGCACAUUACGUUGUCACACAUAAGUCAGUUUGACUUGUUCCAGCUGAAGAAUCUCAUCAAACAUGCACAGAAAGCAUAUCCAUUGCGUCUGAAACACACUCAUAUUUUGUUCCCGCCAAGUUUUAUUGACGUAGCCAAAAAUAUUUUAAAACCAUUUGUGUCGAAAAAAAUGUUUGCCAGAUUAUCUUUCCACAAGAACCUCGAAACUCUCUGGGAACACAUACCAAGAGAUUCACUUCCCAUUGAAUACGGAGGAUGUAAUGGUAAUUUGGACGUGAUCAGAGAGGAAUGGAAAACGUUGAUAUUGAAGAAUAAUGAUUGGUUUUUGUCUAACGUAAAUUAUAAAUCAGACGAGUCUAAAAGGCCGAAGAAGAAAAAGUCGAUUUUAUACGAAAAAAUUUCGUUUAAGACUUUGAUUUUGGACUAAAAAUUUGUGAGGGUAAAUUAUAUCAACAUUUUAGUAUACAAUUUUAUUUUUAAGUUCAAUAAAUCAUGUCUCAAUCUCUUUUAUACUUUGGUACAUAAAAUGUGUAUUUAUCUUUAUGUCUUAGGUUUAAAUUAUGUUUAGUAUAAAUUAAGUGUA